AUGUUUCUCCCAGGCGGACCAGGCGCGCCCAACACGGCUCUACGCUGGGUCCGCGUAAACCGACUUCUCACCCAAGCGCGGGUAUAUGAGCAUGCUGCUGGAUAUGGAGACCAUCUUCGCCAAGCUGGAUGUACAAGCUUUUCCAUUGGUAUUGGCCUUUGGCCCGAAACUGCUGGACGUCAGGCAAACACAUGGGGAAUGUGGGUACAGUUUGCAAAGCCUGAACAAAGCACUGCAAGUGGUAGGGAAUGGAUCGAGGAGGUCCGCGACAACGUGAUUCGAGGCCUCGGCCUGAACCCGACGCCCACUCUAGCUAAUUACAUUAUGCCGGAACAGGAUAGCUCCGAGGUAGUUCUCGCAAUCAGGGCAUUGUCGACGCAUGCCGAGCAGGGAAUGCAGGUUAUUGUCUACAAGGACGUUCCGUUCAUUAGGGUAUUCCAGGGCGAGAAACAGCUACUGGCAUCUAAUCACUGGAAGCUCUUGUGUGAGCAGCUGGAGCGAAAUCCCCGCACCCGAAACAAUCGGUUGAUAGACGACCUUCUCGAGGCGUCCAGGAGGAACCAGGGCUCUUGGGAUGACGCAGUGGAGCGGAUGCUGGCCGGGGGGACUCAUGAUGCUCCUGAUGAGCCAGAGGAGGAAACUAACAGGCCGCCUAUGCCACCUGCCACCGUGGACCCGGCGUCUACUGAUCUUACUUUGCGUCCGCCCGAAACGCGAUUCAAGUUCCUCCCUGGUGGGCCGCGCGCGCCCAUGACAGUCGAGCGCUUAAUCCUGCUGUCCACUGACCACACCGAAACACACCAAUACAAGUGGGCGGUCGAAAUCACGGAGGAGCUUCGCCUUGCUGGAUGUACUACGUUUUCCCUUUGUGUUGGGUGGUGGGCUGACGACCAGCUGCCCUUGACGAGCAAGUGGGUGAUCUGGAUACAACUUCAAAAGCCUGAACAGACCACUGCGGGUUCCGGGUGGCCCGAGGAAAUCCGCAACAAGAUGCUCGAGAGGUUUGGCCGCGUAGAGCAUUUCUUUAUCGAUGCACCUGAUCCUUGGCGAGUGAUGGUUCAAUUCAAGGAGGUGACGCACCUCAUCAUGUGGAAGGAUAACCCUUUCUUGACUAUGCUGCGCGACAGGAAAAUCGAGCCGGACUAUAUCCACUGGAAGCUCCAGCAUCGUCAGGUUGCUGAUGCCCGCAGGACCGGAACCGACCCAUUGCUCGAUGAGGUGAUCGAGACCUACAGGCAGUCUCAGAGCUCUUGGGAGGAAGUAAAGGCUAGGAUUUUGGCGCCUGAAGAGGCCGCUGAUGCGCCUGAGCAGUGA